AUGACUGCCCCCGCCCCCAAGACCUUCACCAUCGGCACCCGCCAAUCUAAACUGGCCCUGUUCCAAACAGAUUUAGUUCUCGAGGCACUGAAGAAGGCGUUCCCCCAACAUGAAUAUAAGAUCCUCUCUAAGGAGACCGCCGGUGAUCUGAACACCACCAUUGCGCUGAAAGACUUCACCAGCAAGAACUUGUGGACAGAAGAAUUGGAAGAAUUGAUGAUUGGCGGGGCAGUCGAUCUUAUUGUCCACUCGCUGAAAGAUGUCCCCACUCUCCUCCCCUCCACCUGCAAGCUGGGCCCGACCAUGGCCCGCGAAGAUAGCAGGGACGUUCUAGUCGUGAAGCGCGGCCUACCAUAUAAGAGCCUAUCCGAGAUCCCCGCUGGCUCAGUCGUGGGAACAUCCUCCAUCCGUCGCACAGCUCAAUUGGCCCGCAAAUACCCCCACCUCAAGGUCCAGGAUGUCCGUGGAAACAUCGGCACCCGGUUGUCAAAGCUGGACGCGGAGGAUAGUCCCUACACCUGUAUCAUUCUGGCUGCUGCUGGUUUGCUGCGACUUGAUCUGUCGGAUCGCAUUACACAAUACCUAGACUCCAAGAGCAGUGGUAUGCUCUAUGCCGUCGGACAGGGUGCGUUGGGAAUUGAAAUUCGCCAGGAUGAUACCGUCCUCGGGGAAAUGUUGGACAAGAUCUGUCAUUGGGAGACUACCUACUCUGUUCUGGCCGAGCGAAGUCUGUUACGCACUCUUGAGGGUGGUUGCAGUGCCCCCCUGGGAGUUGAAUCUGAAUGGGUUGAGGUUUCUGGAUCCAAGAAGCUGCGUAUGCACUCUGUUGUUGUCAGUGUGGACGGUAAGGAGUGUGCGGAAGUGAAGAUCGACGGCGAUGUCGACUCCGUUGAAAGUGCCGAGGCCUUUGGUGUCACUGUGGCCCAGGCCUUGGUCGCUGACGGCGCUGGAGCCAUUCUCGAGGCUAUUCAGGAGAACAAGAACAAGCAGAAUGUCUCAGCUUCGACUUGA